AUGGCGGACCUCGAGUGUCGGCGACAAGCCAUGCUCGACAAGCUGUCAAGGCGUCAUGGUGAGAUGAAUGGAUAAUUUUAUUAUUAUUUUUUCCUUAUUCCCAAGUUUUCAGUGAAUCGAGCUAUGGAGAGUAUGAUGAAAGUGCAAAACACCACUUUAAAUGCUCCGUCAACUUUUGACGAAAAGUCGAUUCUAUUGGUUGUUUAAAAAUAUGUAGAUUUAUAACUUUAAUGUUAAGAACAAAGUUCCAUCGAACGAACAGUCGGAUUAUCUACCAUGGGAAGAAAAAUUACAACAGCAAAUGCGGGCUCUGUCCGUCUGGUGCAACUCUCUGUUGCGGGCCAACGAUUCCAUGGAAGAGGUUGAUUUAGGCAAGACGAAAAAAGGUUUUAAAAAGUUGAUAUUUUCUUGAAUAUGCUUUUUUUGUCUAGAUGCUUGUCGCAAAAUCCAGAACAUGCUUCGCAACGGAACUGCUCAGAAGUCGCUUGAAAAUGAAGUUUCUCAGCCCAUCGGCUUUGUUCUCAAGCAGUAUCUCAACAAGCAUAACCAGGACACGCUUCGCGACAAGUUUGAAAAUCGGAAAAAAGAGAUAAUGAUUGAUAAUUUACAGAUGUGCUCGAAUGGUAAAGGAUUCGGAGAUUAAAACGUCGUUGGACACCUUGGUUUCGAAGGACGUCGUCGGAGUUCGGGACGAUUGCUCUGUCUAUAAUGAUCUUGGUAGCUGAUUUCGAAACUAUUCUGUGAAGAAAGAUUAACAUAAUUUUUUCGAUACCAAGGUGUUUUCCAUUAGCACAGGUAAAAAUUUAAUGAGGUUAUGUCUCGAAUUCGAAAAAACUUGGUCUAAACGGGUUUGUGAAACAAGUUGAGGAUUUUUAGAGUGGUCCCUAUAGGGUUUAGGUCAGAAGCAGCCCCUAUAGGGACCGGAAAAGUGGUCCCAAGAGGGUACCCUCCAAUAGAACCUAAGGUGGCUCCUAUAGGGACCACUAUAGUUCCUAACGAGGUUAUAAAUUAAAAAUAAUACAAAAAUGCCCAAUAAAGAUCUUGACUUCCAGAGCUUCAAACAGCUCUUCUCCGAAUCUUCCUCUCCUUCCAUCCGGCGUGGCUUCACCUGGCUUUAGAAACGGGUAAAUUUCCAAACUUGUAGAAAAAAACUUUACAUUUUCAAUCAAGUUUUCUCAUGUCGACUUGAAUUCCAACCAACGGAGUCGAUCACGAAGACCUUGUCCCGUUUCAUAAUGCGUCGUCUGUUUUCGGAUCCGACGCUGCUCAAAAAUCGAAAGUUUGCGCAAGGCUCAGGAAAGUGAGUGAAAAAACUUCGUAUUGAAAGAAAGAAGAAGAGUUACAGGCCAAUUAUCACGGCUGCCGGGCGUGCAGCGUUGCACCAACAUUUCCUCCGAAACACUCUUCUUCUGCUCUACGUUAUCGAAACGUCACACCGGGCUGGUUUCCAGCCACAAGUGCCAAGAAUGUUCAUAAAAUCGUCGCCUUUCAAGGUUUAACUGAAAAAAAAAUGAGAAAAAUAACAUUUUCCGUUUCUUCUAGAGCCUUGACGAGAUUUUUGCCGAACUGAGCCGCGAAGUUCUUUCGGGAAGCUCGCAACCUCUGAAGAAGCUUUACGCGCGGUGCAACUUUGUCCCCACCUUUGUUCAGGUAUUUUUUCUCAUGGACGUGAAAAAAUCAAACUUUUCAGAGCUUCAUUGACGACUACGACUAUCGUGUCGUUGAUUUUGGCGAUUUAUCGAAUGGAAUUGUUUUGGGGUUUGAUUUUUUUGCUUGUUUUAUAACGCUUUUUCAAACUUUUGACGUCACUAUUAAAUUUUGCUGUUACAGUCGAUUGGUGGAGCUCGUUCUAGAACUGCCACCAGGCUCUUUGACCUCAAAACUCCGAAAUCCAAACGGCGACCGGCUGAGAAAACUGAAAAACGUCGAAAUCGUACUCCACGAAGUAGUUGGAGCUUUUUCUUCUGGUUCUUUAAAAGGUUCAAACAAUGAAAAAAAAAACACUCAGAAAGAAAAAAAAAUUUUAGGAAUCAAAGCAUCUGAAAUCGUUGGCGUUCAGAAGGAAUCCAUUCUCGUGGUUCUUUGGCAUCUUGUCGGUGUUCACGAGGUUUUGAAAGUAGUCAACAGCUACGGACAUUUUCGAUUCAGAUGACGUCCCGACGACGGGACGCUUUCCGUCGAGAAUCGCAGAUUCUCCCCUCGUGUGGAAUCGCCUUCAACAAUCAUGAUGCCCAGUCAAAUGCCGAUUUUGAGGCUACAUCACUUGCUUUGUGUCGUCAGAUUGGCCGGAGCAUCGGAGUUGAGGUCAAAAAGUCACAAAAAUCCAAAAGCAUCUCCAUUCUGAAUUUUUUUUGCUCUGAAGAAAAUUGCGGUGCACCCCGUAAUGUAAUAUCACUAUUUUCUUCAGUCUACGGUAGCUCAAAAAGAACUUUUUAUUUCCGACCCGUUGGUCCAGAGGUGCACGCCAUCUAAGUCUAACGCGGGGUGCACCGAAAAAAUUAACAAAAAUUUUACUUUUUUCGGGAGAAAUUGAAACUCGAGAAUCGUAUCCUAGAUAUUGAAAGGUUUAUAGCCAAAGUUCCAUUCUUUUUUAUUCAAGUAGGCGAUUAGUUGUGAAGUAUACAUUGAACAGAAGUUUGGAUCUCCAUUGACAAUGUCUGAAAAGGUAGGUAGGUAGGUCAAUUCAUUUGCGGUUGAGAACUUCCUGAAAAUUGGUCAGAACAUUCCUUGAAGCACCAAAAAAGAAUUCUAGAAGUCUCAACGUGCAAAACUUUCUAGUUUUCAAGAACUGAGGGCUUAAAGCCUUAAAAAUAUCCUUUUUGACGGAUUUUGAAGGGUUUCCUUGACUUUGGAGUAUCCUCUCUCAAAAACUAGGAAGUUAGGCAGGUUGAGACUUCCAGAAUCCUUUUUUGGUGCUUCAAGGGAUGUUUUGACCAAUUUUCAGGAAAUUCCCCACCACAAAGUAAAAUGACCUUCCUUGUGAGCUAUUUCAUACUUCUUGAAAACCAAUCUAGAUAGGCAUAAUUUUUAUCUAUAUUCAAUUUUCCUCUGACUUGUCCAAAUUCGCUUCUUAUUAAUUUGUUCUAGCCUUCUUAAACUGUGAAAUAUUGCGUUUGAAGGUGCCCGAUUUGGGAUCGCUCCGUGAUGGGAACGUUCUCUCGGCCGCCUGGACCAUCUACAAUGGAUCGGCGCCUGCCGUUCAGUUCUAUCCAGGCAGAAGCCUUUUUGACAAAAUUGUUCAUGCUGUCCGUGUCCGAUUCAUUUCCAAUCGAAGAAAGAUGCGAUUUCCAGGCCGACGAGGACCUUGGCAUUCCGCGUGGAAUCGACUCUUCUUUGCCCUUGUUUGUGCAGAUGUAUCUUUCCCGACUGUUUUCUAUCCGGCGACUCAACUCGGCCGCUUGUACCAUCCAGAGGGCUGUCAGAAAUUUCCUUCACAGGAAGGUAAGGUUGACAUAACACUAAAAAACAAUGGCAAAAAAAAGUUAGCGGCAAAAAGAUUCGAACCUUCAUCAUAGGCUCCGCAGGCUAACACUCUAGCCACUGCACCACUCUCCUAGGGGUCUGCAAUGGUGCGUCCCGAUUCCUUCCAGACGGCGUCCAAUGGUUAAAGAUUAAAAAUUUGAAAAAUCCAAAACUAGUAGUUUGCGCAGAAAGCGACUUUGGGAUAGAUUUCCAGUCGAUUACUGAUCGUUUUUGCACAUUUAUAGAAAAUUCUGAACUCUGCAUUAAAAUUACCUUAUUUUCAUCCAGAUCUCCCAAAAAAGAAAUUUUAAUAUGUGAUUGAGAAUUUUCUAAAAUUUGGUCGAAAUAAUCCCUGUCGGCCAGAAGAAGCUUCUCAAAGUCUUAACCUGCAAAAUUUCUAAUAUUUUAAGUGACGUGCAUAGUCGAAAAUCAGACUAGUUUAGAUGAAUAGAUGAUUUUCUUGAACGGUAGGAAUUUUUUUUUCGAAAACGACAAACACUGGUGAAUCGAGAGAUAGAUAAAAGUAGGUACAGGGUACCAAAUCAAGUCAAAUCGGCGAAUGGUAAUCGGUGGUCAUUUGUAUGCGACCGGGUACUAUCUCAGUGGUACCUGGAUAGUACCUGAUCGGUAUCUGGAUGCUACCGGGUAUGUACCUGAAAUUUGCGAUUGCCACUGGCUGGCACAUUGGUCGUUUAUAUAGCAUCAGUGUUUUUUUACACCUUCCCAAGUCUUCCAGGGUCUUAUUGGAUAAAGCUGAAACAAAAAAUAACGACCCAUGAAGCAAUUCCAGACUUUCCGAUAGAAAUCGCGAAUGUCAGGUAGCUACUUGCAUCGACCUCCGACCCAGGUACCAUGGAGAUAGUACCCGGUCGCAUACAAACGACCACCGAUUACCAUACGCCGAUUGACUUUUUCAAAAGUUGUUACCCGGUAGCUAUUUGUAUCGACUUCCCGAUUCACCUUUGAAAUUUUGCAGGUUCAGACUUUCAGGAUUUAUAUACCGAUGAGUAUUCUUCCCGAAUUUCCAGGGAUUUCCCAAACGCAAAGUAAAAUGACCAAGAGCAAAAAUGAAAACCGAACAAUCGGGAGGCAGAAAUAAGAUAUAACUCAUUCACGGCUGGCUUGAAGCCCUCGAAAAAAGGGUCCCUGACACGAUAAGAAAAGGGAAUAGUAUAUUGUGGAUGGAGAGCGCAAACAGGCCACGCCCUUUUUGAGUCCCAAAAAAAAAUUUGAAAAUUUGGAGCUUUACACUAAUUUAACUGUUAAGAAAAACUGAACGAUUCAGAAGUACCCUGCCUCGUCUUGCCGUCCCUCGAUUGUCGGCAAUAGGACCUACGUGAUCAACCGCCGAAAGUCCGUGACCUUCCAAGAUUCUUCGAUGGUCUACGAGUUCGACACGAUGACCGGCGCCGAGUUGGAAAGCGGCCACGGAUUCCUGAACUGCGUCUCCUCGACGCCGUUGUUUGACCGCAGCUCAGCAGCAGGGCUUCUCCGACGAGAGGAGCACCUGGUGAGAUCGACGACGUGUCUGGAGGUCGUCGAAGAGCUGGACAACACCAACGAGUCGGUCCCCGAGGCCCCCUCUAUGAUGAUGUACCGAACGGCGGUGGAAGAGGUCUUCUCAAGUCCUCGCGAAUACCUCGACGAAGUCACUCCGAGAGCUUCCAUCGUUCAAGGGAUCAAUGACGAAAAUGCAACGCCUGAGGGUUGGGUUCUAGAUUUUUCUUUGGAUAGGAACGUCUAGAACAUGUGAAGAGAGAGAUAGACGGUUAACUUUUUCCAGAAAAAAACUUUUUUCAUUUAGAUUAUCUAGACAAAAUUCAGAAUACUGUUUUUUCUUGUUUUUCAAAUUUUAUUUAAAGGGAAUCCACCCGCACAUCGAUCUCUGGCCGAACAAAUCCAAGAACUUCGAAAAAAGAAGCCGGAAAUGAAGCUGAUGACGACGCCGCCGGACAUCAGCAAAUCUCCAUCGAGGAGAAUCAGAGCCGUCCUUGCGUUAGGCUUUUAUUUUCCCAUAAUGAACUAAAUUGUUUUUUUUUUUUCAGUCAGAAGAAUCAAAUCUCGAAUCAAAAGCCAUGUUUCGCAGCAAAUUUCGACGAUUUUCUGAAGGUGGCGCCGAAACUUGAAGCUAUUAUCAAAAUCCAGGUUGCGCAAAAAGUUGAAAUAAUAUUUUUGAAAUGAAUUUCUAGGCUCACCUGAGAGGUUAUCUGGCUAGGAAGCGAUUCGCUGAACUAAGGGCGAAGAACGAAGAAGAAAAAGUUGAGGCGAAGGGAGAAGAUGAAGAAGUUCACUCAAGAACUCUUCGUGAUAGUCAGGAAGAUUUGGAGAGCCCUUUUGAAAAGGAUAUUCAAGAAAGAUUCCAACAAGAAACGACACUGAAGGUCGAAUGCGACAAGACAGAGCAUCUGCAAGUUCAAGAAGAAUCCGAAAUUGAAGCAACUCCAAUAUCCGACUCUGCUUCAUGUGAAUAUCAGAAGACCCCUCUCAAGGAACUUUUGGAAGAAGAGUUUUGCGCUGAAGCCGCUCCGAAAGUUGAUCCUGCUGAAUAUGAAGAUCAGGAAGAGACUUCUAACAAACAAGUUCAAGAAGAAGUUCCACUCGAAGCGACUUCAAAAACAACUGAAUUCGGAAAUCUGGAAGAACUUCAAAUUGAGUUGAAUCCUCUGCAAGAUGAAGAGCAUUCUAACGACCCGACGCCAGAAAAAAAUGACCUUUCUUUCAAAGACCGUCAAACCGCUGGCAUGGAUCAGGUAAUCGCCGAGCUGAGAUCAAGGUUCGAGAAUAUGCUCGGCGAUCAAGUCGAAGAGAUGGAAGAGGUUGCUGAGCAGGAGAUGGACCCGCUUCUUGAAGUAGCUCUCGAGGCGACAAAGAACCUCAGCUUAGAAGAGGAGGCCGAUGUCGCUGUCCUUGAAGAGAAGUCGCUCCAGGAGCUGCACGACAUCAUGCAGGAAGCAGCGACGCCACUGGCAAAGGUACAGUUGAAGGUCGCAUGAGAAUGGCUCAACGCGUAACGGCUGGGGUCACUUUUGUCUAAAAUUUGAAACUCAACCGGUUAAGCCAUUCUCAAUACGUUGGAAGGCCCGAAAAAUGUAUAACAUUAUUUUCAGGAUCGAAUGGCCGAGCUUCUAGAGGAGUUCCUCGGAGAGCCGGCGACAAUCACCCGAACAACUCACGUAGUCAGCCUACGCAAAAGAUCUGACGAAACUUCAUUUUCAUCCUCAAAAAAAUGGUUCGGACAGAAAAAAAUUGAACUUCAAAAAUCUUAUUUUAAUAGAAUAUAAACGUGGACGAAAUCCGAGAGAUUGUGCGACGGAAGUUGCAACUUGAGAGACGUCAGACACUCUUGGUUUCUCUAGAAUUUCGAAUAAAAUACAAUGAGGAUUGCAGAAAUCGAAGCUGGACCAGCUUGUCUUGCAGUGCCGACGGCUGAAGGAUGAAGAAGAAGCUCGUGAAGUGAAGCUGGAGACGGAAGCAGCUCAAAAAUCAACGUCUGAGGGCGAUACUCGUUUGAAUGAACUUGAAGCCGACGUCGUGCUGGAGACGGAAGAAGCUCAAAAAUCAACGCCUCAGGGUCGUUUGUAUGAAUUCGGAGCCGACGUCGUGCUGGAGGCGCAAGCAGCUCAAAAACCAACGUCUGAGGGCAAAACUCGUUUGAAUGAAGUUGAAGCCGACGUCGUGCACGGAAAAGGACAAGACGAUGUUCGAGAAAUGUCUUCUGAAGACGUGCUCCUGCCACAAGCAAAUGCUGCGGAAAACUCUGGAGACGUUCUCUCAGAGCGGGCCAAGGCUGUGGUCGAUUCUGAAGACAUUAUUUUCGUGACUGGAGAAGAACAGAUUCUGUGCUCUGCCUCGGGAAGCGUAGAACAAGCUGUCUCUAGAACCGUCGCUUUCAUCGUUGGCGAUCCAGAUGAUAAUCAUAUCGUGGGGAAUUUCGGCGACUUUGAUGAAGCUUCCCAAGAACCUUGUGAAAGAAGCACUCCUGAAGAAUUCGUCCAGCCGAAGUACGUGCCGCCACCCAGGAACCCAGCUGAGAGAUCGAUGGCUGCACUCAGAAUUCAGGUAUAUUUAAACGGAGGGAAAUCAAUAAUCUCGGAACUGCAGAAAUGGUGGCGGGGAGUGCGUGUCCGUCGAGCUAUGCACAAGGAGAUCCAAGACGUCCAGGUCUCAGCACAAGCCUACCGUGAGCUCGCCCUCCAACAGGAUGCAGCUACUAUGGAUGUCCCCCUCUCGUCCAAUAGCAAGGAGAUGAGCGCCAGACGAGCUUCAUCUCUCCCGGCACAACUCAAGUUGGUCCAGCUCUCAGAAAACCCUCAUUUCUUCCGUUCAGACUGACCCAUUCGGUGACACUGCUCUUCAGCAGCCGUUUCUUCCUCGCCGUCGUCGCCGCUUAUCGUAUCAGUGAGUUUUUCCAAAGAGGAAAAGGAAACAUUUGAACCCGCCCAUCAUAAGAUUAUAAUCAGAGUCUGCUUUUUUUUUUUUCAAAUCUAGAGCUGCUGGUUGGUGAAAAGCCAAUUUUUAGAGUGCUCCCUAGAGGGGCAACCUUAGAAGCCCUUGGAGGGUCUCCUCUAGGGACCACUUUACUAAACGCCUAUAGGGGCCACUAAAGCUUGCAAAAGCGGCUCGGGGUUUUAGCUAGUGGCCCCUAUAGGGGUUUCAGUUAGUCGCGCUAUAGGCCCCUAUAGGGGAAAUGCUAGUCGGCUAAAUAGCCUAUUUUGACUGAUUUUGAGGGUUUUUUUCGACUUUAAGGUGUCUUUUUUCACAAACGUGGAAGUUGUGCAAUUUGAAACUUUCAGAAUCUGAUCCUGGUACAUCAAGAAGCUUUCUGGCUAAGUUUCAGGAAAAAUCCCAACCGCAAAGUGAAAUUGCCUCCCUUGUAAAUAAUGAUCUAACACAAAACAGUCGAUGUUCACAAUAUACGAAGAUUUUUAGCUUUUUCCAAUAUCCAUAAAUUUUUUCAAUUGAGCAUGUCGGAUCGGUGAUCAGGUCAGUUCAAUGUACAAUACUUUUCAGACCGGCUGACCAAGCUGAUGCCUGAACUCCUACAGUUCUUCGUCAACGAUUGCGACGGCAUCGGCUGUCUUCUGGACAAGUUUUCGCAUGCCGACCGCGGCCACGCCUACAAACAGAUCAUCGAGAUUCUGAUCGAUGUCGUCCUUCGCGUUGUCAAAGUAACUUUUGCAUUUUUGUCGCCCCUCUGAGUGGCUCCUUUAGACUUAGGGACUCAGCUUUAGUUUUAAGAAUUGCUCGAAAAUGAAGAAAAAAUCGUCUGAAGAAAUUUUAUAGCUUCUCUUCGGUUUUUGAGUAUAUAGACGUUCAUAUUUAGUCGUCGUUGCCGGAUGUGAUGGCCGCGUUGGAGGCGAAACAAUCCGAUUUCGCCAAAAUGCUCCUUCAUCUGAUGUUGGCGCGUCACCACGACGCCGUCAUUCUGAAGAAGACGUGCAACGCUUUGACGCUCCUCAUCCGUCGAGCCAAGCCGGGAUCUUCCGGCUUCGAGAAGGCGGCUUUUUACAUUCGUCAGUCCAAAAAGUUAGUUUCUGCGAGUUAAAAAGGACACACUUUUCUGCCAAAUUUGAUUAAAUUUGACCCAACUUCGCUUCAAGACCUUUGUUCAUUGCUGUAUUUUAAGCAGUUAUCAUCAAUUUCUCACCCUUUUUCAGUGGAAUCCGUGAUCCAACAUGCCUUCGCGCCAUCACCAACGUUGAGAAGGCCAUUGCAGAGAUGAAGUGCUAA